CACUACUCCAGCGUACAAAUGUGUUGAUGAAUGAAUCAUUUCAAUGGUUAUAUAUAUACAUACAGUUAUAUAUAUGUAUGGAGGCAUGGAGAUUGUGAAGUAAACGCAGCACGAGGAUUAAAAAAAGUUACGUUCUUCAACAUUGGGAGCGGGUAGGGAAGCUUUCAGCAAAAAUGCAUACGUACCAUGAAUCCAGCCAAGAACACGUACUACGCAUAGUAAACACGUUGUGAAAGAGAGAGGCAGAGAGAGUGAAAAUUAUGGAAUUUGCAGUACAGAUAUAAAAGAAACCCCCAAGCAACCAUUUUCUUUGCAUUAUUUUUCACCUCAACCGCACAUGGCUUCUUCUUGAGUUUCCUAUAUCUCUCUCACACACAUACUCACACAUUUUCUUGGGUUUUCAUUUCUUCUUUUGUUUAUUUCCUACAGCACAUGCCCUCCUCUUCGUCACUCCACCUCACCUCUGCUUCUCUCUCUACAUUUUGUAUGUGCUCCAAAAACUUGGCUUUUUGUAAUUUUUUUAUCUUUGACUGAGCACUCAUCCAAAGAGAUUCCUUCAGAUCUACAGUGAAAAGUUUUUAGGCCUUGGGGUGACCUUAGCCUUUCGUUCUUGUUGAAGAAGAGAGAGAGACAGAGCACCAGCAGCAUUCAAGAAUUCUUGGAUUCAUCGAGAGACUUCAAUAUCAUCCAUCCAAACGACGUUGAGGACAUCAUAAUUUUGUAUAAGCACGGUCAGUGUCUAACUUUCAGAUGACAAUUCCCAAUAGUGUGGUGUCGUUAAAAUGGUAGAAGAAAAGGGGUUGUCUGCACAAAACCAUAUAACUGUACAACGAAUGGGUUGUGAGAUGGAAACCGAACAGCCCGAAGAUAUGGACAUUGUCCUCUCUUCUAUGUGGCCGGAAGACAUAAACGAAGCCGGGAGGCAAUUCAAUGUUGAAAGGCCGGGAGCAGAUCAGGAUAUGUUGGAGGAGGUUACAAUCAAGAAAGAGCCUAAUAUAGUAGAUUUUAAGCGUCUUAUGGAGCUUACAAAUUAUAGCGACAAGGGUAACUGGCAAUUGGCCAAGUUGGUCAGGAACUGGGAAUAUAAGCAGGCAAAUGCUGUACGUCUUCUCAAAGAGGAGCUCGAGAACCUUAGCAAGCAACAGCAAGAAGUUGAGCUCAAGAAGUUGGAGAUUUUGGAAGAACAUCGGUUUGAACAGGAUGGAUAUGGUGGUGAUAAGCGCCCGAUUUCUAUUCUUGAUGAGAAUCUGAAAUAUUUAUAUCAAGACGCUCCUAGAAGAAAGAAUGAUGUGAUCUUCCAAGGCGAAAAAGUAGAAAUAGAUGCCGAGUAUGACAGCGUAAUAUACUGGAAGCAGCGAGCCAUGCAUUUAGAGAAGCUUUUGGAGGCAAGUCUCCAACGAGAGCAAAUAUUAAUGGAGAAGUUGCAAGAAAGUAUAGAAAAUCUUGAAAGGCAAUCCUCUCCUGUGGAAGAGUUGUCGCAGGUUUUGACGAGAGCAGAUAAUUUCUUACAUUUUGUCCUCCAAAAUGCACCAGUUGUUAUAGGUCACCAGGAUAAAGAACUGCGGUACCGGUUCAUCUUUAAUCAUUUCCCGAGUUUGGGUGAGCAGGAUAUCAUAGGCAAAACUGAUGUGGAGAUCUUCAGCGGUGCUGGCGUAAAGGAAUCUCAAGACUUCAAAAGAGAGGUUCUCGAACGAGGAUUGCCUGCAAAGAGGGAGAUCACAUUUGAAACAGAGCUGUUUGGUUCAAAAACCUUUUUAAUUUAUGUUGAACCUGUUUUCAGCAAGACAGGGGAGACAAUUGGUGUAAAUUACAUGGGGAUGGAAGUAACUGAUCAGGUCAGAAAGCGAGAGAAGAUGGCAAAGCUUAGAGAGGAAAUGGCUGUACAGAAGGCCAAGGAGACAGAGCUAAACAAAACAAUCCACAUAACAGAGGAAUCGAUGCGAGCAAAACAAAUGCUAGCAACAAUGUCUCAUGAGAUAAGAUCUCCUCUAUCUGGAGUUGUAAGCAUGGCCGAGAUUCUUUCCACCACUAAUCUUGACAAAGAACAAAGGCAGCUGUUGAAUGUGAUGUUGUCUUCUGGUGAUUUGGUUCUUCAACUGAUAAAUGACAUCCUCGAUCUUUCCAAGGUGGAGUCAGGAGUUAUGAAACUGGAAGCAACUAAGUUUAGACCAAGAGAGGUAGUAAAGCACGUACUUCAGACAGCAGCAGCAUCACUACAGAAACUACUAACGUUAGAAGGUCAUGUAGCAGAUGAUGUUCCUGUGGAGGUUAUUGGAGAUGUCCUUAGGAUUCGACAGAUUCUGACCAACUUGGUCAGCAAUGCCAUCAAGUUUACUCAUGAAGGCAAGGUCGGAAUAAAUCUCUAUGUGGUGUCAGAGCCAUCCACAAUGACCAGACAAGAUUCAGAGACAGUUUCUCAAGAUCAGUCAACCGUUUCAGCCAAUACAAGGAAUACCUUGUCAAUGUCGCAAAACAAAGCUGAUCAAAAUGGCAGUGGGCAUGCAGAUGCAUGUGGUACUCGUGAAAACUACAAACUUAAUGAUGUGGCCCAGAUACAAAACGGGGCUCCAAUGGACGAAGACAAAGAGACUCAUCUCUCCCCAGAAGAACGAGUCGUUUGGAUUCGCUGUGAUGUUUAUGACACAGGGAUUGGAAUACCUGAAAAUGCUAUACCCACUUUAUUUAAGAAAUACAUGCAAGUUGGUGCAGAUACUGCUCGAAAGUAUGGUGGGACAGGACUAGGCCUUGCAAUCUGUAAACAACUGGUUGAGCUCAUGGGCGGCCAUCUUUCUGUCUCAAGUGUCGAGCAUCACGGGUCGACUUUUACAUUUGUACUACCUUACAAGGUGUCAUUGAUCUCUGAUAGUACUGAUGAUCCUGAUGAACUCUCAGACAUGGACCGCCAAGAUGUUCUCGGUGAUGGAAAUGAUGAUGAUUUACAUUCAGGUGUUUUCAUUUUCCAACCACGCACUUUGGGUUCUUUGUUUUCAUCUCAAAGCUCUGGGAGGAUCCAAAAGCUAUCGGUGAACAGUUAUGGAUUCAAUGCCUCACAUAAAUGUAAUGGGUUGUUAGAGGACUCGCUGUCUCCUUCUAGUAACAUCACAUAUAAAGAGACCAGUUCAGAAGAAGAUCCCAGCACAGCUGAUCAUGCUAUGGAGGCAUCAUCUGAGCCAGAGAUUUCUCCGACUCGCUGCUCGGGCUCCGAUGACCUAAAUUUAGCUGCAAAACAAGAGAAGAGUCAUCCCGAAGCGAAUGGCCGUUUCCAUCCUUAUGCUCACCCAACGAGUUCCUCAAGAGCAAGCAACAAUCUUGAUGGAACUUCAGAGGCACAAGUUAGGCAUCAAGAAAAGGCUCAAACGGAAAGAAGUUCUGAAUGCUCUUCUAGCAACAGUUCUGAGAUCCCAAAAGCUGAGCUGAAACCAAAGAUCCUUCUUGUGGAAGAUAACAAGAUUAAUGUGAUGGUAACAAAAUCAAUGAUGAAGCAGUUGGGUCAUGACAUAGACAUCGUCUGUAAUGGAGAAGAAGCUGUCCGUGCAGUUCAAUGCAAUAGUUAUCACCUCAUUCUAAUGGAUGUGUGCAUGCCGGUGAUGGAUGGUCUUCAAGCAACGAGAUUGAUCCGAUCGUUCGAGGAAACUGGUAGUUGGGAAGAUGCUAUUAAGGCUGGAAUAGAGAUGCAGUUGCCACCUCCACAUUCUGCAUCAAAUUCACAGCUAGAAAAACCAAGAAAGAGGACUCCUAUCAUAGCAAUGACAGCAAAUGCAUUGUCAGAAAGUGCAGAUGAAUGUUAUGCAAAUGGGAUGGACUCAUUUGUAUCAAAGCCUGUUACAUUUCAAAACUUGAAACAAUGUCUACAACAGUAUCUACCAUCAAUGCACCUGUAAAAAUGUGUGCAUAUUUGUACAGAAAAUGAAUGAUGAGUUAGGAAAGUUUUGGCAUCAGUGUCUGUAUAGCCUCUUUUUCUUGUCUCAGUCUCGACCGUUAGUGUGUCUAAUGUUUAGGAUCUGUAUAGUAGCAAGAUCUUCACCGUUCGCCCGGGCUCUUCUUGUUGUCUCUCCAAUCAUGGUGUUUUAGGGAUGUAUUUGCAGUAUUAAUGCAAGAUGAUAAUCUAAUUCUUGCGAUUUUAAGCAUGUAAGAUGAUAAUAAUGUGCAAAUCCAAGUGUGUUUG